UUUCCAGCUGACAUCACAAAGACUUUAACUGCCAAGCGAAAGAGAAUACAAACAUUUACACAAGCAUCCCUUAAGGCAAGCAGUAGAAAAUUUGACGAAGUCUGGCAUACACAGCAACGUGAACGGUGAGAGAAACGUAAUCUUUUUUUUGGUUAGACACAGUAAAAGUAGGGGACCGGCUGGGCCUGGAGGACUUUGAACUGAAUAUCAGAUGGUUUACGUGGUCAGCCUUCCUGCAUGAUAUUUAAUGAGCGCUGCAUCACUGACAGCUGCUACUUAUCUUGUCCACCAGAAGCAGUCACUACGAUGAAUUCAGCAAGCAACUCAUGAACGUUAUAACCCAGGGAGAGACAGAUUUGCAAAAGACAAGAGAGGCAGAGGAGAAACUAGAGGUAACAGAAAUACGCGAAAAAAUUCUGCAGUUAAUUUAGGAUCGCUAACUGCUUACAGAUCUUGUAUCAGAAGCUUAAAAUGCGCUUUAAUAUCAAAAUCACACGUGAUCUGGGCAAUGGUAUUCCAGAAGCCAAUCAUUUUAAAACUCCAUAACAACACAAAUUCUGGCGAUAAAUAGAGACUGAUUGAUUUUCAGGGAAUACGGGCUCUGGAAAGAAUACCUGGAUCUAAGGUCGGUUGGUGUUGGGAUUUAAACUUUUACAAUCUAUUAACGUUGUUCCGAUGUCAAUUUUGUCCUAAGAACCUGUACAAACAACAACAGAAGCUUUUUCAGCAGCAGCGCAUUGUCCAGAGCCAAAGACUCAAAAGGGUUCGUCAGCUGCUUGAAGAUCAUACCAAGAACUUACAAGAUUUGCAGAAAAGGCAUGAAGCUCAACAAGUUACUGUCCAGGAGCAACUGAGGAAGGAAAUCAACAUGCUACAGAAAAAGAUACUCACUGAUACGGUA